AUGAGGACGACGCUGAAGCGCCUGGUGUGUGUCCUCCUUCCCAACAAGCAGCGCCUGGACUGUACGGUCACGGUGCGAGCGAGAGGCCGAGAGGUGCUGAACAGUGUGUUGAAGCAGCUCGGUGUCAGCGACCUCCAACUCUUUGGCCUGGCGGCUCUCAAAGACAACGAGUAUCUCUUUCUUGAUCUGGACCAAAAGCUGAGCAAGUACUUUAACAAAAGAUGGAGCAGCGGAUCUUUAAAGGUGCCAUUCAUCUUGUUUCUGAGAAUCCAGUACUAUGUAGAGAGUGGACUCAUCAUAAUGAGCAGCAGAGAGCAGCAGCUCUACUACGCCGAGCUGAGGCAGGAGGUGCUGCAGUCGCAGAGCCGCCAUCAGGAGGAUUCCUUCUUCCAUUUGGCAGCUGUGGCGCUCCAAGCCGAAGUGGGAGAUCUGGAACUGACGGAUGUGAAUGAUGAAGACCAGGAGGGGGGGAGAGCCAGGAAACUGCAGAGAAAACAUCAGAGUUACUUUCUUCCUGAGGAUUACUUCCCCGCUUGGCUGAUAAAGCGCAGAGGAAGAGACUUCCUGCUCCGACACAGUCCAGCGUUGCACGGAGAGCUGAGGGGACUGUCCCUCCAUCAGGCCGCUCUGCAGUUCAUCAGAGAAGCCAGCAGGCUGCAGGACGGGCCGGUCACCUUCUACAGGAUGAAACAGGAGAAAAAAGAGCACAGAAGUUUAAUCCUUUUUGGUGUGACCAUGAAAGGAGUCCAUAUUUAUCGGGAGGUGGAAGGCAAACAGUGUUUGCUGUACGACUUGUCCUGGACAGAUAUUGACUGUUUCACUUUCCAGGGCAGCAGGUUUGAAGUCGCCGCCGUGGGCUCUCUGUGCCUCCCCAAGCUGCUGUACUACACCCGCUCUGCCUUCCACUCCAAACACAUCCUGAAGCAUCUGACUGACAGUCACCGGUUCCACAUGCACACCAGAGAAGCGGUCAGCUACAUCCAGCAGCUGGAGAACAUGCAGGCCAGUCAGUUCUACAGAGAAGCCUACAUCUGCGACACAGCAAGCCUCAAACAGAAGCUUCAGUGUCUCAGCCUCACAUCCUCCAUGUCUGACUGCAGCGUUGCAGUGGAAAACACACCAGUGUGGUCCAGACAGGGAGAGGAGGAGGAGGAGGAGAAUGAUGGCUCCACAUCAGAGGCUGAGCUACCGUUGGAUGAAUCAGAAGAAGAUUUUGUUGAUAACCCUGCAGAGGUGUCCUGGCUGGCUGAGCUGGUUUAUGGUGUGUCAGUGGAUGGAGCCUUAAUCUUUCCCUCGCCACACUGGGCAGCUGUCACCAUGGAAAUGAAGCGGGUUCUGUGCAGGAGAGCUGCUGAAGGCGUGUCUGUGGACUAAUGUACAGACAGGAGGUCAACAUGAGCGCUGAAGCACAGGCCAACAAGACAUUUACAUAUGUUUUAUUA